AGACCGACUCCGAGAGCGCCGACGACGAGGACGACUUCCCGGCUCCAGUAAUAAACCGAUUCACCAGACGGGCCUCAGAUAUAAGGAGAGGCUGGGGACUGCGGGGGACAGAUGCACCUCUAUGAGGGAGCAGAGGCUCUAUAUAUGGUGUAUCCGCCAUUCUCUGGAUCCCACAGGCUACCCUUACUUGUGUGCAGAAGCUUACAAUCCUGAUGAAGAGGAGGAUGACAUAGAAUCCAGGGUUAUUCACCCCAAAACAGAUGAUCAAAGAAACAGAUUGCAAGAGGCUUGCAACGACAUUCUUCUUUUUAAGAACCUAGAUCCGGAACAGAUGUCCCAGGUAUUAGAUGCUAUGUUUGAAAAGCUGACUGAAGGAGGGGAGCACGUCAUUGAUCAAGGUGAUGAUGGUGACAACUUCUAUGUAAUUGACAGAGGGACAUACGAUAUUUAUGUAAAAUGUGAUGGUGUUGGGAGAUGUGUUGGUACCUAUGAUAACCGUGGAAGCUUUGGUGAGUUGGCUUUAAUGUACAAUACACCCAGAGCAGCUACAAUAAUAGCUACCUCUCCUGGUGCUGUUUGGGGUCUGGACAGGUUAACGUUCCGGAGAAUCAUUGUAAAAAACAAUGCCAAAAAGAGAAGAAUGUAUGAAAAUUUUAUUGAGUCAUUGCCAUUCCUUAAAUCUUUAGAAGUAUCAGAACGCUUAAAAGUGGUGGAUGUUAUAGGCACCAAAAUAUACAAUGAUGGAGAACAAAUCAUCGCUCAGGGAGACAUGGCUGAUUGUUUUUUCAUUGUAGAAUCAGGAGAAGUGAGAAUUACAAUGAAAAGGAAGAGCAAACAGGAUGCAGAAGAGAAUGGUGCAGUUGAAAUAGCCCGGUGCUCUAGAGGACAGUAUUUUGGAGAACUUGCUCUUGUAACUAACAAACCUCGAGCAGCUUCAGCAUUCGCCCUUGGAACUGUCAAGUGUUUAGUUAUGGAUGUACAGGCAUUUGAAAGGCUUUUGGGACCUUGUAUGGAAAUUAUGAAAAGAAACAUUGCAAACUAUGAGGAGCAGCUAGUUGCUCUAUUUGGAACAAACAUGGACAUUGCUGAUCCCAGUGCAUGAACUAAAGUGUGGACCAACAAGAUCUGUUGUGAGAAAAUAGCACAGUAGUGGUUAGUCCACUGAUAAAGUCUCUCUUCCUGUAGAUGCCAAGCAUUUUCUGUAACUUUAGGGUUGGGAAUUUUUUUUGUUUUGUCACACUACAAUGGAUAGAUUGGCAAGCAAAAUAGGGAUUUAUUAACCUCUGGGCCUGAUUUCCAGGAUGGCUUAGCACUAGCUGUUCAGUUUGAAUUGAGAGGAGCUGUAGCAAUACAGCACCUUGGAAAAUCAGGUCCUUUAACACAGAUUUAAGAAAUCCACAUGUGGUGAAUUUAUUAAACCAGCUUUUCAUCUACAGAAUGGUUAAGAUUUUUUUGGAAGACUGUUGGUUUGAUUGUGAUAUGUUGAAAGUAUUAGUGCACACACAACGUUCAAAGUAUUCAUAAUAUAGAAGAUACACAGUGGAUGUUCAUGUCUGCUUAUUAAAACUGUCAUGAUACUAUGCUGUAUUUAUGACAGAUGUAUAGAAAAGGAAUACCACAAACCUACUCAUACAAUAAAGCAUGACAGUACAUUUUAUGUAAAGUUCAUGACCUGUCUGAUUUUAACAUUUUUUUGAUUUGUUAAAAGUCCUCUUUUUUAAUAUGCCGCAUUUCAGUAAGCCUGUUAGGAAGGUAUUGUAAUAUCUUAUGCAAUUUAGAGGACUUGUAUAUUUUUACAAUAAAUUGCAUUUUUUAUUUGCUAUACACACACACACAAACACACACACACACCCUCUCUCCACUUUUGAGGAAGCUCAUAAGUUAAUUGUGAUGCAAGUAUAUUCUUUAAAAGCAAAAGCCAAAAGAUUUUGCCUAGGCAUAGGUAAUUAUCACUCUCUACUUAAUCAUGCAUAUAUAACAAGCAUUGGUUUCCUUCCAAUUUCUUGUUUUAUAUUUUAUGCAUUUUGUCUUUCCCCCAUGUGUUUUGUACUCUAGUCUUGAUCUACCUUUUGGGACCUCACUUUUAUUUUUCUCUGUCAAAUCUUUCCCCUGUUUCAAAUCAAGUGAUUUCUGCACAUCUCUCUUCUUAGAUUUAGACAUAGUAGGUAUGACAGAUAAAGUGAAUUGAUGUUGAAAGCUUUGCUAAACUGAGCACGCCCUUGGAAAUCCUUACUAGCAAAAACAAAAAAGGAUUUGAAUCUGAAAGAUCAGUAAUUGGAAAGACUGCUUUAUACAUGUUUGGAAAGCAGGUUGUUAAAACUGACAAAUUCUGCGUUUGUCUAUGAAAACCAAAAAUACUAUUAUUUCAGCAGUAGUAGCAUGGAGUAACUGUUUGCUCUGGCUGAGACUGAGGAGAGAGAUUAUCAUUUUAAUUAAAACAGGAUAUGCAGCUAAUUGCUCACUAAUAAAAGUCUGACUGGAACUAUCAGACAGUCCUGUUUUGCUGUUACAUACUGUCCCGUCUUUUGCUCUACAUGGAAAGUUAGCACUCA